UGCCGGAGCGUUCGGGAGCCUCGCGCCUGUUAUUGUUCCUGCUUCCCUCGCUCUCUCCCCCACCCCCGCCCGCCUUCCCACCGGCCCUCCGUCCGUUCCGCGAGCCGCCUGGAACCGCGCGCUCCUCGGGACGCUCUGAAGGCACCUCCAAAGGCCCGGCCGGGGAAAGAAGGGGAGGCGAGGCGGCCAGCCGCACGCGGAAGGCCGGCGUGGGAGGCUCGCUGAGGGAAGCUGUCAGAAGCCCGAGGGCGGUUGGAAGGAGCUGGAGGAGGGGGGCCCGCUGCCAACGGUUUCGAACCUUCCGUUGCGCGAGCCCUGACAGCGAGGGGCGGGGGAGUGCGCGCCGCGUCACCAAGCAGCAAGCAGCCCUAGCAGGAGGCGCAGGAAGGCGGCGGCGGCGGCGACUGGAAGGACAUGGCCUACGCGUAUCUCUUCAAGUACAUCAUAAUCGGGGACACAGGUGUUGGAAAAUCAUGUUUAUUGUUGCAGUUCACAGACAAAAGGUUUCAGCCAGUGCACGACCUUACUAUAGGUGUAGAAUUUGGUGCUCGAAUGAUAACCAUUGAUGGGAAACAGAUAAAACUUCAGAUAUGGGAUACGGCUGGGCAGGAGUCCUUCCGUUCUAUCACAAGGUCAUACUACAGAGGGGCAGCAGGGGCCUUACUAGUGUAUGACAUUACAAGGAGGGACACUUUCAACCAUUUGACAACAUGGUUAGAAGAUGCCCGUCAGCAUUCCAAUUCUAACAUGGUCAUUAUGCUCAUUGGAAAUAAAAGUGAUCUAGAGUCUAGAAGAGAAGUGAAAAAGGAAGAAGGUGAAGCAUUUGCACGGGAGCAUGGGCUUAUCUUUAUGGAGACGUCUGCCAAAACUGCUUCCAACGUAGAAGAGGCGUUUAUUAAUACAGCAAAGGAAAUCUAUGAGAAAAUACAGGAAGGCGUUUUUGACAUUAAUAAUGAGGCAAAUGGCAUUAAGAUCGGCCCUCAGCAUGCUGCUACUAAUGCAACACUUGCAGGCAAUCAGGGAGGACAACAGGCUGGUGGAGGCUGCUGUUGAACCUAUUUUUACUUCCUAGCUGCCUGAAGGGGCCUACUAACUUGUUUCACCCUCCCCCGCUCAAUUUCAACUACGACAUGAAAUUAUUGUAAGAUGGCAUCAUGUUGCAGAAGACUUUAUUCUUCAAAUUCUUGUACAACUUUGAAUAAAUGGUUAAUGUUCACUUAAAAGACAGGUUUUGGAGAUUGUAUUCAUAUCUAUAUUUCCAUUUGAUUUCUAAGUCAAUUGAUGUGAUUAUUUUUUGUUAAAUGUUGUCUUGUGCCCUUGACUACGAACUGUAUUAAACACUACAAAGUCAUCUGAGUAUUUUAAUCAGUUUGUGUAGUUAGGUUGCCCAACUACAGUGGUUUCCUAAUGUUUAAUAUUGUAGAACUGUCUUCAACUCUUGUCCAUUUUCAAGGCUCUAAAGAAAAACAGAAGGACUCUUUUCUGUAUUUAUCAUUUACUUUCUGUAUAUAUAGUUUAAUAACUUGCUUGGGUGUAUUUGCCAAGCUAUAAUUCUUUAAUGCAUUUGCAUAAAUUCUAUACAUUUAGAGCUUGGAACUACAGAAGCAUUAUUAGGAAUUUGCUUAGAUGCUGAAUUUUAAACCUUAUUGACAUUGUUAGCAUGUUUGUCCUUUUGUCAUUAUCCUAGAGUCCAAAAAAUGCUUUAUGUAUAGUAUUAGAAGCUACAUAUGCCUAUUUUAAUGCCAAAUGUUUGCUAUUUGCUCACAACUUCCACAGCACCUCUUCAGAAAUGGAUUAGCUGUUUGCCUUAAUUAUGUAGGUUAAACAUAUUAUAAUGAAUGAAAAAUACAGGAAGCAUUGAAACUCAUAAAAUGGCACAUUAUGAAGACUUCAUAUUUCUUAAAACGUUAUUUUGCCUCUUCAUUUCUAGGUAUAUUUCCAUCAAGGAUAGUUUUUCAACUUAGAUGUACAGUGGCUGUGUAAAGUUGAUUUGGUUCUUUUUCUUUUUUGGUGACAACUUGUAAUCUUAAUAUGGUAAGCAUCUUGUCUAUUGUGAAGGGGGUGUGACAAUAAAACUGCCAGAUUGAAAAUCCUGAUUAAGGCCAAACUUGGAAAUGCUUUAGUGCUGUACUCCACAUGAUUUUUUUCCAAUUUCCCCCAUGCUUCUAAUGAAUAAGUAUACAUCACUGCAAAAUAAACUCCUGUUUAAUUAUA